AUGGCCAACCCAAAGGUGUAUUUCGACAUGGCGAUAGGUGGGAAUUCGUGCGGAAGGAUAGUAAUGGAGCUUCGCGCCGAUGUGUGUCCGAAGACCGCGGAGAACUUUCGCGCCCUGUGCACGGGCGAAAAGGGAAUGGGUAAAAGCGGCAAGGCCCUCCACUUUCGAGGAAGCAAGUUCCACCGGGUGAUUCCAAAUUUUAUGUGCCAGGGUGGCGAUUUUACGGUCGGCAACGGCACCGGGGGCGAAUCCAUAUACGGUGCCAAAUUCGCAGACGAGAACUUCACACUCACACACACAGGGCCUGGUACCAAAAUAAACCUGCUUGUUGUUCUUUUUUUUGUACUUUUGAAUAACCGAACGAGUCCUCGCGAGGAGCAACAUGGCCUUACAAGAAGCCGACUUCACUUGGACUUGAUAGAAUCUAUGUAACAAAGUUCAAAAUUGGUGUGAAUUGGGGGGAUGUAAACGAAUUUUUGUCUCAGGUAUUCUGUCGAUGGCAAAUGCGGGCCCGAACACGAAUGGGAGCCAGUUUUUCCUCUGUACAGUCCAGACCUCGUGGCUGGAUGGGAAACACACCGUGUUUGGCUCAGUAAUCGAAGGGAUGGACGUCGUCAAAAAAAUCGAGCUGGUUGGCUCGGAAUCCGGACAAACAUCACAGCCUGUCGUGGUCGCCGACUGUGGUCAAAUCUAAUAUAUUCGAAGCAUGGCGGACUUUCACUUUCGAUGCGCAGCAGCAAAGUUCUUGAACGAAAACGCAAAGCAUAAUUAGGGAACAUCGCAGACAAGAAUGUGGUAGUCGAGUACUUACACGACGCGUGUUAUUCCUAAGCAAGAAGGACACAAAUAAAAGAAAGCGCACUGCAA